GAGGUCAUUACAGGUAUGCGGUGUGCCUCCCUCCCUGUUCAGACAGGCACUGGAGCGGCCCCAGCCCUAGCUAUCAGACAGGGCUCUGUACAGGUAAUCACAACAGAGUGCAGCAACACCUCCAGCAGCAAGCUCCACUCGGGAUAAUGAGCACUUGAAAUCCAAUGAUAUUUGUACUGUAAUUGCCUCUAUAAGAACACCCUCGUUACCAUGGAGUGCAAAGAUGAAGCCAGUGAUACCGACAGUGGCAUUAUCCUCCAGUCAGGCCUUGACAGCCCCACGUACCCCGUGAAAGACACGACCACGCACACCAGAGCGGUGAAACUGCGCCAGCAAUCCCUGGAAGACGAACUGGAGAGCUGCCGGCUGGAACUCCAAAAGCUGUGCAUCCGAGAAGCUGAGCUGACUGGAAUACUGCCCAAAGAAUUCCCUCUGAAGCCUGGGGAGAAAGCGCCCAAUGUGAGGCGGAGGAUCGGGGCAGCUUUCAAACUGGACGAGCUGAGCAUCCUGCAGCAGGGAUCGGACCCCGAGCUGAGCUCUCUGGAGGCGGAGCUUGCCCUGCAGUUUCAGAUCUACGAAGCGGCCCGCAGGCUCUCAUUGGAGGAGAACAUCAGCAGACACAUGAAGAGGAGCCGGCUGAACCAGUGCGAGAAGGAGCAGAAGAAACUGAAGAAGCUGCAGCAGGCUGUGAACGAGCGCCGCGUGAAGGCUGGACACAAGCCACUGCACCCAGGCAGCCAGCUCCGAGACCAGGACCCUCACGGCUCUGAUGACAGCUCUCUGUCUGACGCAGCGCUGCUGGAAGAUGAGGAAGUUCCAUCUCUGACCCCCCACCCUGUGUGUGAGACCUCCUCUCCAGCGGAACCCCCCCCUCACAGCUCCCCACUGCCCCCCACCUGCUCCCAACGCCCGCUUCCCCCUCAGACCCUGGAAGGCCUCAUCCUGGGGCACAGCCCCAGCCUGGAGUACGACCGCUCCCCCAUCCAGAACACCGCCUGGCGGGAGUCCAGCCUCGACCAGCCCUAUGAGAAGCCCAAGAAGACCAACUCCGCCGCAAGCAGCCAGUCCAGUAGCCCGGCUGGGACUCCAGUGUCGACUCCCGUGGAUUUCAGACUGGGAGAUGCUCAGCUAUCGUACCAGUUCAGUCCAGUCAAGAAGCUCCCGCUCAGACACACCCACUCCUCCAGCGCUCCGUCCACUCCAGAGAUGCAGGGGCGCUGGGGUCACUCGCAGUCCGUCAGGCUACCCAGAAGUGACCCUUCCCAUGAUCCUUUGGAAUCCAGAGGGCGGAGCCGGUUUCCUAGGAGACAACCUGCCAACUUCACGAUGACCUCCCAGGACCAACCCUUCCCUCAGCCCAGAAUGAACCUCUCCAACCCCCUGUACCACUCCGGCUCUGAGGACAGCAACUCUGACUGCUCCAUUCCUUCCUGCCGGGAAGGGAUGCCAGAGCUGGUCAGACCGGGGCUCCUACCCUACCCGGGGCCUCCCCAGAACAACUGCUACCCAGGUUUCUACAAGAACCCCCAGAACCACUCCUCACCGAACUUCUACUCACCGCACGGGUACACAGAGGGUGAGAGGGGGUGUCUCGCAGAGAGUGAUCCGAGGAGGGGGUACCUCAUAGAGAGUGAUCUGGGGAGGGGCUGUCUCACAGGGAGUGAUCCGAGGAGGGGGUACCUCACAGAGAGUGAUCUGGGGAGGGGCUGUCUCAGAGAGAGUGAUCUGGGGAGGGGGUACCUCAUAGAGAGUGAUCUGAGGAGAGGGUGUCUUGGAGAGAGUAAUCCGGAGAAGGGGUACCUCACAGAGAGUGAUCCGAGGAGGGGGUGUCUCAGAGAGAGUGAUCUGGGGAGGGGGUGUCUCAGAGAGAGUAAUCCGAGGAAGGGGUACAUUUUGCCCCAGUCUCCCCUGCUGUGGGAUCAGCCCUGCAGGCAGUAUCGUUACGAUGAUGACCCGGUUCCACGGAGGAUGAUGCAGAGGCCCUUCCCCACGCACGUCAGGUUGGCUCGCGCCCCCUCUCUGAAGGAUUACCCCCCAUCCGCCAGCCUGAGAGGGCUACCCAGAGAGGUGGUCUCAGAGGAGCUCCAGUCCUGGCACAUGCGGAGCGUGUUCAAGAGUGUGCGCCCCCGGUCCCUCGACAGGCAAGGCGCCAUCCGGGUCAGAAGCAACACACCAGGCAGGGAGUCUCCGCUCACCAGGCAGCCAGAGCCCCACCAGCAGAGUCCGCAGCGACGCAUCUUGCAGAGAGCUCCGGACGGGACGCCAGUGCAGUGGUACGUGGAGGAAGAGUCUGAAAUCGUCAGUCAGGUUUAGAGACGAGAGACGAGCCCCCCUGACACGAUUCAGGACCCAGUGCAGCCCUAUUGCAGACUUCGCUGUGUGUGGCGUGCAGCACAGGGUUAUUCCGUGUUGCUGUAAAAUGGCUGGAGGAAUCGGACAGUUUAAAAGCAAUGCCAUCGUCUGCCCUGCUGCUGCAGAGUCUGCAGACAUGAGGAAGCUAAUGUCGGAAGUAAAACGAGCUUCUCGGAUGUGGAGGAAGAUUUGAUACAGAACUCCAGCUCCCCUCAUUGCAUCUCUACGCCUUUUUUAAAGCUUGCUAACCAAGGAUUUCAACUCUAUUUUCUUGUCUCUCUCUGUUGUCGCAGUCCUAUCACAGAUGUUCUUCUGUGCUUUAAUUACAUAAGACUUCACUGAACUUGCAACAGGAAGCGAUAAGGCUUUCACAAGGAUGAAGAAGCCAGCUGUUUGCUCAGCAGCUCCAUGAAACCGUGAUCAUGCCUACAGAUGAUUUCAGGCAGAUCAAAACAAACUGUUUAAACGGACAGAAUGCAGCGAGGUCUAAUUGAACUGGGAUCAUUAAAAUCUGGUCACAACCUCGCCUGACUCUGUCCGCUGCUAUUACCCCUAGGAAAGUGUAUACCAGGAUGUUCCGUCUGCAGGAAGUCUGAUAAGGAAUGCGAGAAAACCCCCUUUUAUAAUCUUCAAUAAGCACCGAACGAACGAAGCCAGGGAACAGACUGAACUCGUUUCAAAGUCUUUAUCUGACUGCGACAGGACCAAUAAUAUGGAACGAUAUUAAACUGCUGUAAGAGUUUAAAAGGAUACUCUGGUGUAAAUAAAUACAUGUUGAAAUAGAACAUGCUGGUCAUUGUACGGACAUGUUUGUGUUGGUGAACACUAAGUGUAUUAAUAUAAUAUAUGUUUUGUUGUUUUACUUUGUAAUGAAAUAGUAGUGAUGCUACAGGUAACCUGGCUUCACCUUACAAAAAAAAUACAGAAGUCAGUCAUCUUUUUA